CGGCUUGAAUGAGGCGUCAUCCUUUCCGAUGUAGAGCGGCACGGCGGCCUUUCUUUGCUGCUCUACAUUUCCUCCAGUCUGUCCACAUUAUUUCAGCCAGUAUCUUCUUAUAACCAUGACCCAGACGUCGCCGCUUUUCGCCGCCUGCCUGCUACUUCUGGUCGCUCUGAGUUCGCAGGUUUCGGCGGACGGUUUGGUGAACGAGGAUGUGAAGCGGACCCUGGACCUGGGCACGCAUCUGGCCAAGCUCACUGCCGAAAUUGUACUAUCCAACCAGGGAAACUCCGCCGUCCAGAGUUUUAUACUGGCGGUGGAGGAAGACCUGGCUCCGCAUCUGGCAUACAUCGGAGCCUCGGUGAAGGGUGAUGAAGAGGAGGAUGGCACACUUGAAGUACAGCAGACAACAGUUAAUGGCCAAAGUGGGGAGUUUUACAAAGUGCAGCUGCCCUCCAGUUUGGCAGCAGGUGCCCAGCUGAAAACCAAGGUGGAGAUGACAUUCAGCCACGUCCUGAAGCCCUUCCCCACACACAUCACCCAGGCUGAGCGUCAGCUGGUGAUUUUCCAGGGGAACCACUACUUUUACUCCCCGUAUCCCACCCGCAGCCAGACCACACGUGUCCGCCUUGCCUCCAAGACUGUGGAGAGCUACACCAAGCUGGGCAACCCCAGCAAAACUGAUGAGAUUAUCGAGUAUGGACCCUUCCGGGACAUUGCUCCGUUCAGUGAGGAUACAAUGAAGAUCCAUUAUGAAAACAACACACCCUUCCUCACCAUCAGCAGCAUCACUCGUACCAUUGAGGUGUCUCACUGGGGCAACAUUGCUGUGGAAGAAACCAUCGACCUGAGGCACACCGGAGCCAUCCUGAAGGGCCCCUUUUCACGUUAUGAUUACCAGCGCCAGUCAGACAGUGGCAUCUCAUCUGUCAAGUCCUUCAAGACUAUCCUCCCUGCCUCGGCACAAGACGUUUACUAUCGAGAUGAGAUUGGCAACAUCUCCACCUCCCACCUGCAGGUUCUGGAUGACUCAGUGGAGGUAGAGGUUAGGCCUCGUUUUCCUUUGUUUGGAGGCUGGAAGACUCACUACAUAAUUGGCUACAAUCUGCCUAGUUACGAGUACCUUUACACAUUGGGUGACCAGUAUGCAUUGAAGAUGAGACUAAUUGACCAUGUGUAUGAUGACCAGGUCAUUGAUGAAAUGACUGUGAAAAUCAUCCUGCCAGAGGGAGCCAGGAACAUUCAUGUGGACACACCUUACAAAAUCAACCGCAUGCCUAAUCAGCUGCACUACACAUAUCUGGACACUUUUGGACGACCAGUGCUGGUCGCCACCAAGAGCAACCUGGUUGAGCAGCACAUUCAGGAUUUUGUGGUUCAUUAUAACUUCAACAAGAUCCUGAUGCUGCAGGAGCCUCUCUUGGUUGUAGGUGCUUUCUACAUACUCUUCUUCACUGUCAUCAUUUAUGUACGUCUGGACUUUGCCAUCACAAAGGAUCCAGCGGCUGAGGUUCGCAUGAAAGUGGCCUCCAUCACAGAGCAGGUGCUAACCCUGGUCAACAAACGUCUGGGCCUAUACCGCCACAUGGACGAGGUGGUCAACCGCUACAAGCAGUCCCGCGACACAGGGGCGCUCAACAGCGGUCGGAAGACUCUGGAGGCCGACCACCGCACUCUCACCAAUGAAAUCAGCUCACUGCAAGCCCGCCUCAAAGCAGAGGGGUCUGACCUGGCCGAUAAGGUCGGAGAAGUGCAGAAGCUGGACGGCCAGGUGAAGGAGCUGGUGUGCCGCUCCUGCCAGGAGGCGGAGCGACUAGUGGCGGGCAAAGUCAAGAAGGAGGCCUACAUCGAGAGCGAGAAGAAUCUGGCCAUCAAGAGACAAGAUUUCGUCAGCCGCAUCGACAGUCUGCUGGAUGCCCUCUAAACCACAAUACACUGACAGGCACCCCUGCCGCCCAACGUAUUUGUAUGAGAAUUUCACAAAGUGGCUCAUGCUCACACAUUUUUAUUUUACCAUCUUAAAAUCAAGACAUGGACUGUGAACACCGGCUCUUACGGUAGUGAUGGGUUUAUCCAAACACUUGUGCCUUGUGAUAAACUUAAAGUCACUGCGUGCUCAGCUCUAGAGCAGCUACAUCCCAACUUUUUGCUUUUUUUGUUGGUUUUUCAGUGGAGCUAAUCUUAAACUUUGUCACAUGUCAUAGAUUUGUUCUUCCUCUUCAUGUUCAAAUCUGUCCUUUUUUUUUUUUUUUUUUUUUUAAAAACCCCCCACCACUCUGAACUAUGUAUGUAUGGCUAAGGGACUGUUUUUGAAAUGUGUAACUGAUGGGCCCGAGGGUUUUCAGUCUCCCGUCUUUACUCGUAUACUGUACUUUAAAACUGAAUCAUCUCUAACUUUUAAGUUUGAAGAUGAUCGUUUUUUCAUUUUUGUUUGCAAACUUGUUUUACAUUUGCAUUUUUAUUUACUCUCUCCUGCCUGACGCGUGUUUGGAGAAAUUUGAAGCUCUGAUUCUGUCAUCCCAAAAUGCUUGUUUUAGGUGUCCCUCAGUCAUAUUUUCUACAAUUUUUUUGUUGGUGCAAAUUGUUUUUUGACUGUGAGAUUAAAAAAAAAAGGAGAUUUGUUUGUAUGUAAGACAUCUAAAGUGGAAAACGCACUUGUGAAAUGGGCAGUAAUAUGGAAAGCUGUCAAAUUUGAAAUAAAGGUUUGAGGAAGUCAUUCUUCA